AUGACUACUGCUGCACUCACUUACAGUGCCGAUGCGCACAUCCGGCAGUCGGCAUCUUCAAUAACAUUUGCCACUCCCUCAAUGUGGACACAAGAAUUUCAUCUUGAAACCGAUCCACGUUUCGCGUUCGCGCGUGUAAAGGGCGAUAUAUGUCUGGUCCAAUUGCAUCCAAUCCAAUCCGAGACAUCUUUAGGGAUCAUCGUUUUUCGGCACGAGUUCGUGUCCAUCUUCCGGUAUUCCCAUGACCUACGCGUGUCCCCCGAGGACAUUCGUGUUCUCGAGCUUCUUGACGAGGACCGGAUACGCUAUGAGGAAGACAACGGCACGGUCUUCCUGGCAAAGGAUCUUAUGGCUCAACUUCGAAGGAUGAUUGAUGCAAGUAACAUGAUUAGACUGCAAAGGGGAAGAUACCGGGGGUACAGAAGACGGUCAAAUUAG